AUGGGUCUGGCUGCAAUACCAGACUUAAUAGCUUUGGAUGUGGGUGUGGCUGCAAGGUUGUGUCAUAAAAUUGUUGCUGCUGUGGUUGCUGAAAAAGAAUCGAAUAAUCAAGUGCGGAGAACAGGGUAUCGUGGCUCUAUUCUUGGCCACAAUAUUGUCAAUCGUAAUAGAAAGGAAGUGGAAGCUCAUAAUCCAUAUUUCAAACAAAGGACAGAUGUUCUCGGUGUUCUUGGUUUAUCUUGUCUUCAAAAGGUAACUGAAGAUCACAGAAUACUUGCAUAUGGUAUUCCUCCAGAUCUUACUGAUGAAUAUCUUCAAAUUGAAGAAAGCACUGCGAUAGAAAGUCUUAGAGCUUUCGUCAAAGCAAUCGUACAAGUUUUUGGUGAUUGGUAUCUAAGGGCACCAAACGAGGCCGAUGUUUGUCGAUUAUUAUCAAUUGGAGAGCAGCGUGGAUUUCCAGGGAUGUUAGGGAGCAUUGAUUGUAUGCAUUGGAAAUGGGAGAAAUGUCCAAUUGCAUGGUAUGGGAUAAUGCCUGGAUCAUUAAAUGAUAUUAAUGUUCUUGAUCGGUCACCUAUCUUCGCUGCACUUGCUGAAGGUCGUACUGCUCCUACAAUCCCAAGGCCAUUAGGAGCAAAGAAAAAAUAUUUUGCAAGUAAGCAAGAGUCUGCAAGAAAGGAUGUAGAGCGGGCAUUUAGAGUGCUCCAAUCUCGUUUUGUAAUUGUACGUGGACUUGUUCGAUAUUGGGAUGAAGAAACGCUUGCAAAUAUUAUGAAAGCUUGCAUAAUAAUGCGUAAUAUGAUUAUUGAAGAUGAAGGAGCAAUGAAUCUUGGAUUUGACCAUGAACGUGAAGCCAAUUCCUUUAUAUCAGUGUCACAUGGUGAAAUACCAGAACUACAUGAUUUUCUCCAAACUCAUAAUCGAAUCAGGGAUAGAGCAACUAGCUUUCAACUACAAGAAGAUUUGGUUGAACAUUUAUUGGAACAAUAUGGUAACGAGUAG